UAAGAAUGGGACUAUCUGUCUAUAGUCUGUUAUUGAUGCUGCUUUUGUUUUCAUGCGUCAUAUAUGGGCUCGUGACAGGUGAAAUUGGAAAUCCAACUGUAGAGAAUGUCCACUUAGCAGGGGCCGUGUUUGAGUGGCUUACAACAUUUGGACUGUUUAGUUUCCUGUUAACACUCAUUCCAGAUUUCCAGAAUGUCCACUUAGCAGGGGCCGUGUUUGAGUGGCUUACAACAUUUGGACUGUUUAGUUUCCUGUUAACACUCAUUCCAGAUUUCCAGUCGCAUACAUACGUAGUGAUCCAUCUUAUUGGAGGGGCACUUGCAUACAUGUUUGGUACCAUGUAUAUAUUUUGCCUCACUUUAAUUGAAAAAAAAAAUAAUCAAGGCAUCAGUAAUACCAUAUGUCUAAUAAGAAUGGGACUAUCUGUCUAUAGUCUGUUAUUGAUGCUGCUUUUGUUUUCAUGCGUCAUAUAUGGGCUCGUGAAAGGUGAAAUUGGAAACCCAACUGUAGAGAAUGUCCACUUAGCAGGGGCCGUGUUUGAGUGGCUUACAACAUUUGGACUGUUUAGUUUCCUGUUAACACUCAUUCCAGAUUUCCAGUCGCAUACAUACGUAGUGAUCCAUCUUAUUGGAGGGGCACUUGCAUACAUGUUUGGUACCAUGUAUAUAUUUUGCCUCACUUUAAUUGAAAAAAAAAAUAAUCAAGGCAUCAGUAAUACCAUAUGUCUAAUAAGAAUGGGACUAUCUGUCUAUAGUCUGUUAUUGAUGCUGCUUUUGUUUUCAUGCGUCAUAUAUGGGCUCGUGAAAGGUGAAAUUGGAAACCCAACUGUAGAGAAUGUCCACUUAGCAGGGGCCGUGUUUGAGUGGCUUACAACAUUUGGACUGUUUAGUUUCCUGUUAACACUCUUUCCAGAUUUCCAGGAUGACUCGAGAUUUCUGCAUGCUGGAGUGUUUUAUUAA